AUGUUGAAGCUCUCGUUGCUCCUAGGUCUAGCAAAUUUCACUGCAAUCCUUGCAGGUGGAGAGAGAAGGAGAAGCGGACUGCUGCAAUGUAGUGCUAAUGGCUCCAGGUAUUUCCGAGAACAAAACCUUCUUGGAAUUAAGUACAAAGAUGAUGUAAAGAGGCUUUGUGGAGAAAGGCCCGAAGGACCUCAUCCGUCUGAAUCUUCCUCAUGCUCUUCUUCAUGCUCUGAGGAGUGCGGCCGAAGGAGAUUCCCUGGAAUCAGAGAUGACUGCGAGUACAGCUCUUGGGACGCAUGCUGCAGCUCGUCAUGGGAUGAAUGCACCGACUCUACCCCAUGCACCACACCUACACCUCUGAGAUGCGAUGCCGAGCUCAGAGUCCCUAUAAUCAAUAUGGGUGAAAGGAUAUACGAGUUCCUCAAGAACUACGAGGACCAGUACGAGAGUGCCGUUACUCUUGCACUGAACAACAUCCUCUCCCAGGUCUCGGGAUUCAACCCCAUCUUUGCAGGUGCAGACUAUGCAGCCCUUGUCGAGCAGCUGGAAACACUUGGCGUAAAUGUCCCAGCCAACACCGCUGCCGAGCUUGCAUCAAUAGACUCUUCUGAGUCUGCUGCCCUCUCCAGGAUCAUCCAGGGUAAUGCACAGAAGAUAAUCAGUGACCUGUUUGCUAGAGUUGGGUCAAUGUGCUACUCAGAUAUCACGAGCCUCAUCAACAGCGGGCUCUUCGCCAGCCAGAUUUCAAGCGCAUUCAGCAACACCCAGCCAGUGAUCACGAUUGCAUCAAACGAUCUGUAUGCCAAGCAGAUGGCUGUGUUCCAGAGAAUCCCGGGGACUCUGCCGGCAGCUGCAGUCACUGCCAUCACCAAUGCUCUCCAGACAAACAGGAACAACUUUGCCACGUUCUUCACAACCCAGGCAACCACUCUGCAGACAAAUGUCCAGAACAUCCUCACGGCCCUGACAACUGCCCUGACAACUCUGACGAACAGCACAUCAACAGAGUUCACCACAUUUGCAAACUCUGAGAUUGCUGCGCUUGCGGCCAGGAUUUUCCCAGCCACGACUGCGUCUGGCGACAACAACAGUGGGUCAACGGGAGGAGAUGACACCGGAGAUGAAGGAGAUGGCGGAGAGGAAGAAGAAUCUCCAGAAGAGGAGGAAGAGUCAAGGAAACAAAGGAGCAUACAAAAACCAAAAAAAGGGCUCCGAAAUAAGCGACAAACCCUGCCUGUCUAUCCUGACCGUGAAUCGCCAAAAGCUAUUCUAACCGCUCUAUUGAAUACAAUAAAGGAAGAGGGUGAGAAGCUCGGAAAGGCUGCAAUGGAAGAGGUGAUGACUGCGAUAAAGGAACAAGGAACAACACAGGGAGCCGAGGCAGUACAAGAAAUGAUGGAUGCAGUAAAGAACGAAGCAGAUACAAAGAAGACAGAAACUGUGGAGGAUAUACUGAAUAAAGUAAAAGACGAAGUAGAUACAAAGAAAACUGAGACAGUGACUGAAAUCAUGGACAAGGUGAAGACAGAGGCAGAUGGAAAGAAAGCUGAGACAGUGACUGAAAUCAUGAACGAGGUGAAGACAGAAGGGGAAACAGAGGUAGACAAGAUAGUAAAAGAAUUCAUUGAAGAAGCAAAGACAGCAUAUGAAGAAAAGGAAUAA